CAUAACGUUGUUCUAAAUUUGAAUAACGUUUCUUAAUUCGAAUACAUAACUUUAGUAACGUAACGUUUGUACCUAAUUCCAAUUGAAAACAAAAGAACAUCGGUUUUAUUAGUGUUGUUUUUGGAUGCUUCUGGAAUACUUGAGCUGCCAUGAUCGUGUAAGAAAAUAACUUUAAGUACUAUGUAUGUAUAAUUAAGAUAAAAGUGAAAUUAUGAAGUGGUAGUCAAAAACGAUAUUAAAGUGAAAUAGUUAACUGUAAUCUGAAAGACUGAAGAAAAGUGAAAUAAUCUCAAAAUGGCGACCGCGUCACAUUUAGGCAUCAAAGGCCUCGAAGGCCUCCACAGCGUGACGAUCAGGCAGAAAGUGACUGGUUUCUCGAACAACAAGUACGUGGUGCUGGCACCAGAUGGCGCUGUCAUUCUGUACGCCAAGGAGAACUCCGGCGCACUCAACCGGCUGUUCGGUGGGAAGGACCGCGCUUUUGAAAUUAACAUUUAUGACACACAGGAUAAAGAAGUAGUUCGCCUCCGUCGGCCCUACACUUUCGGUCCCGACAAGAUGGACGUAACCUUGUGUGGCAGUCUCAUCAGCGUGGUCCGACAGGAGGUCACCUUCUUCAAACCUGUACUUAACAUUAAUGAUGCCAAUGAUCGUCCUAUGCUGAGGGUUAAAGGUCCUAUGGCUACUGCGGGAGAUGCUGAUUUUAAAUUGUACAAUACAAAGAAGCAACAAGUUGGUGUCAUCGCCAAGCGCUGGGGCGGGCUGGCGCGAGAACUCUUCUCAGAUGCUGACCACUUCGAGAUCAGCUUCCCUGCUGACGCUACCGUCGGUGUCAAGGCUGCAAUCAUUGGAACUUGUUUCCUUAUAAUGCUGAGCACUUCGAGAUCAGCUUCCCUGCUGACGCUACCGUCGGUGUGA